AUGGGAUUCAAGACGUACUCCAUGUCGGAGUGUGCUCAGUACACAAGAGAGCGUUUCACAACGUUACUCCCUUCAAGGGAGCAAUGGGAGGUUGAGAAGAGCCAUAUGAACCCGUUCCCUGGCUUGAGAGCGAUGACCUGGCGUAAUUGGCAGUUCUAUAUCAUCGGCAUGUUGGCGUGGACAUGGGAUGCGCUGGACUUCUUCGCCAUGUCCUUGAACAUGUCGAACAUCUCUGAAGACUUGAACCGUUCAGUAAAGGACGUCUCCUGGGGUAUAACUCUGGUUCUGAUGUUCAGAUCUGUUGGUGCUAUCUUCUUUGGUUACUUUGGUGAUAGAUAUGGUAGAAAAUGGCCGUUGAUCGUCAACCUGAUCUGCCUUAUUGUGAUUCAAAUCGGUACUGGUUUUGUCAAAACGUACUCCGAGUUCCUUGGUGUGCGUGCCCUUUUCGGUAUCUUUAUGGGAUCUAUGUACGGAUUGGCCUCUGCCACGGCCCUUGAAGGACUGCCAACAGAUGCACGUUCGUUCCUCUCUGGUGUGUUCCAACAAGGUUACGCACUUGGCUAUCUUUUGGCUGUUAUUUUCCAAAGAGCAAUCACUGAUACAACAGAGAAGGGUUGGAGAUCACUCUUUUGGUUCUCUGCUGGUCCUCCAGUUCUCUUCAUCCUUUGGAGAGCUUUCCUUCCAGAAACAGAGGAGUUCUUGCAGCAGAAGCUACACAUGUCCAACAGAAAAUCGACCUUCAGAAGAGAUGCCUGGAACACGUUCAAACAACAAUGGGUCAAGAUGGGCUAUCUCGUCUUACUUAUGGCUGGUAUGAACUUCAUGUCCCAUGGAUCCCAGGAUUUGUAUCCAACAAUGUUGACAAAGCAAUUGGGAUUUUCAUCUGAUAGAUCAACCGUGACCAAUUCUGUUGCAAAUCUAGGUGCCAUGGCUGGUGGUAUGGUCAUUGGUCAUUUCUCUGGUUUCAUUGGCCGUCGUGCUGCCAUAAUGGUUUGCUGCAUCUGUGGUGGUGCUAUGAUCUAUCCAUGGGCUUUUGUAACUGGCAAUGGUAUCAACGCCGGUGUGUUCUUCCUUCAGUUCUUCGUUCAAGGUGCAUGGGGUGUUAUUCCUAUUCACUUGUCUGAGUUGUCUCCACCAGAGUUUAGAGCAUUUGUCGUUGGUGUUUCUUACCAAUUGGGUAACUUGGUGUCCAGUGCAUCAUCCACCAUUGAAACCACAAUCGGUGAGAGAUUCCCCCUAUACACAGAGACUGGUGAGAGACGUGAAGGAGUCUACGACUACGCUAAAGUGAUGGCAAUCUUUGUUGGUGCAGUGUUUGCCUACGUGUUUUUGAUCUCAUUUAUCGGACCAGAGAACCGUCACGCAAACAUCAACUUUGUUCUAUCUGAUGAAGAACAGCGUGAGAUGGUUAGCCAAGGUAAGAUCAUUACACACAAGGGUUCUGAUGAUGAGAACCUUGACGAGGAGAAGGCUGUUGCCUUCCACACUGAGAACGUUGUUUCUGAGGUUAAAUGA